UUCAGAAAGCUUGAGUUAAAUAACGCGUUAAUAAUCCUUCGCUGCAACCCUUUUAGUUUGUGCAACCGCUUUGUGUGCAACAAGCUAAGAAGAAACGUACAAGUACAACAACAAUGAUAGACUUAAACGCCACCACCGUUCUUGCCGUGCUCUUCAUCGUUCUCGUGGACGCCUGGGCGGUGUGGUACUAUUUUCGUCGGCGAGGGCUGCCGCCCGGGCCCGUAGCCUUCCCCGUGGUCGGCAGCCUGAUCUCUCUCGGGGACAUGCCGCAUGAAACCCUCGGCGCCAUGGGGAGAAAGUACGGGAACGUGUGUAGCUUCUGGCUCGGUACGCGUCUCGUGGUGGUGCUGAACGGGUACGAGACCAUGCGGGAAGCGUUCUUAGACAAGGCCGGUUGUUUCUCCCACAGACCGAGUUACUUUCUACCCAGACUGGCCUCAGGAGGCAUCAGCGGAGAUUCCACGCCAAGACCUUCCCAUUGGAGAGCUCAACAGCGACUGAGCUCCUACAUCGUUCGUAGUUUCACCCUGGGUCAAACCGUCAGUUUGGAGAGAAAAAUCACAGACGAGAUACAGAGCCUGCUCGACCAUGUAACCAGCAUGCACAGCGCGCCCUUUGACCCGGAAAGACUCCUCCUGAAGAGCGUCGCCAACACGAUUUGUUCCGUGAUCUUUGACGUCACAUUUCCGUUCGACCAUCAGGAAUUCUGCGGCUUCUUGGACCUCUUCAAGAGGACUACAGACGCAGCUUCCAAGAUUCCUCUCGGGAAUUAUUUCCCAUUUCUAAGGCACCUUCCGUUUGGGGGACAUAAAGAAUGUUUCGAGAAUAGCGAAGUGGUGCAGGUUUUUAUGAAGAAGACGGUGACUGAGCACAGAGAAAAGUUCGACCCGGAGAAACUGAGGGACUUCACAGACGUGUAUCUGUCUAAAGUUCGAGACUCAAAUGAUGGAAUCAAGUUUACUGAUGACUUGUUGAUGGAGGCAAUACGGGACAUAUUUGUCGCAGGCACCAGUACGGCCGCCGCAGCACUACAAUGGGCCAUCCUCUAUAUGUCUGUGUAUCCAGAAGUUCAGGAAAAGGUACAUGAAGAGAUUGACUGUGUUGUCGGGAAGGACCGCCUCCCGUCUUUGAUUGACAGGUCGAACCUUCCUUAUACGGAAGCCGCCAUGAUGGAAGUGAGCCGGCUGCGGCUGACAGGACCGCUGUCCCUCACCCACGUCACUCAACACGACACGGAACUAUCUGGAUUCAACAUUCCAAAGGGAACAGUCAUCAUUCCCAACGUGUGUUCGGUCAGCAUGAACCCGGAAGUGUGGAAGAGUCCGCUGGAGUUCGACCCUGCAGGCUUCCUGGACAGCGACGGGAACCUGAUGAAGGAAGGCGUCUUCUUGCCAUUUUCUUCUGGCUGGUGUGCGUCCAACCCCGGCGAGCAGCUAGCGCGCAUGCUCAUGUUCCUGUUCUUCUCCUGCCUCAUGCAGCAGUUCCGCUUCCAGAAGCCAGAGGGCGCUCCGCCACCCAGUCUGAGACCCAAGGCUGGUCUCAACCUCGUCCCGUACCCUUACGAAGUCGUUGCGAUCCCUCGAUCUUAAUUUGUUUCAGCAUAGAGGCCACAUUCCCACUAGGAUAAAAGUUCCGGAUCCAGCCGAGUUGGUUCGCUUUGAUCCGGCUUAGAUCCUGCUUUGAGCCGGAUCCGGAAGCCGGAUGAAAGCGAAUCAAUUCGGCUCGAUCCGGACAAUUUUAUCCUAGUGGGAAUGAGACCAGAGAGUGGCCAUAUCGUAUUCAUUUCCUAAAAGAAGUGUUAGCCUCGUACCCAUCCUAUUUCAGCUGCAGUCCUCCCUGUUGUACUCUAUUCCUAGCCUCUACCAGGCUUCAGUAGCGGCUGGAAAGAAAUUGGCCAACUAGACAGAUAGCAAGCUAGGGGAGUUAAAUCCGCUAAAGAACAGUGUGCCGCUCAGAACCAUCUAUUUGGCCACUUUCUACUCUUUCUAGCGACCUCUGAAGCCUGGCAGAGGCUAUGAAGCGAUAUGAGUAGUAGCCUCGAAAAGUAUAGAUUCCAGGCUAACGAAGAGGCACACAUACUAGCAGCCUUCAUUUUUCCAGUAUACUGUUCUCAAAACUGAUGCGUGAUCUAUCAGAAGGCAAAAGCUGAAAUUUCCUGCCUUUCCCUAAAUAAUAUGCAAACACUAUGUUACAACAUGAUAGUGUAGCGAUGGUGUAAAGAGCAAGAAUUCAAAAGUCCACAUUUUCUUGCUCCGCAUGACGUGUAUGUUCGAAUUGACCAAUCCAGUACAACCAACAAAUAUGCUGAUUGGUUUAAUUCCUCGAUUCUAAGGAGCAUUCCUAUUGGUUAUGCGGAUAUUUUUCCCAAGCUUCGUUGUUUUAUUAACAUGUUGAUUUCAAUGUUACUUUUUGUAUCUCUAUGGCUCUAUGAUCGUAUUACUAACUUUUCUUUUAAAAUGUAAUCUUCGUGUAUAAGCAUAAAGCUUUACUCGUACUUAACUGUUCCCGAUGGAAAGUUGUGUGUUAUGUUUUUAGCGUUGUUUGGAGGGCAAAGGAAAGAAAACAACUGUAUGAUAUCCUGUUUAAAGUUAAAACUUUUGGU